GUGUAUUACCUUCAGGAGAUGGCCUCUUCUAAGUCUUUGAUAAACCUUCUAACCUUCACUUUUGGAUCAGCAAUCGGAUUUUUUGUCUGCUAUCUCCUGUUCAGCAUUAUACUAGAAGAACAGGCUAAGAUCCAGCCUCAUAUCCUUCACAAUGAUCCACAUGGUCAACACUCAGCAGAUACUGAUAACAUUCAGCUGCAAGGACAAAUGAAUUUCAAUGCAGACUCUAGACAGCAUAAAGAUGAGAAUAAAAAUAUUGCAGAGGGACUGUAUCAGAAGGUGAAAAUACUGUGUUGGGUCAUGACUGGACCUCAAAAUCUAGAAAAGAAAGCCAAGCAUGUUAAGGCCACUUGGGCCCAACGUUGUAAUAAAAUACUUUUUAUGAGCUCUGAGGAAAAUAAAGACUUCCCAGCUGUGGGCCUAGAAACCAAAGAAGGCAGAGACCAACUGUACUGGAAAACUAUUAAAGCUUUUCAAUAUGUGUAUGACCAUUAUCUUGAUGAUGCUGAUUGGUUUAUGAAAGCAGACGAUGACACAUAUGUUAUACUGGACAAUUUGAGGUGGCUUCUGUCCAAAUACAGUCCCGAACAGCCAAUCUACUUUGGAAGAAGAUUUAAGCCUUACGUGAAACAGGGCUACAUGAGCGGAGGAGCAGGAUACGUUCUGAGCAAAGAAGCUCUGAAGAGAUUUGUUGCUGCGUUUAAAACAAAGAAAUGCACCCACAGUUCUUCUAUUGAAGACCUAGCACUAGGAAAAUGCAUGGAGAUCAUGAAUGUGGAAGCAGGAGACUCUAGGGAUACAUAUGGUAGAGAAACUUUUCAUCCCUUUGUUCCAGAGCAUCACUUAGUCAGAGGAUACCUACCAAAAACAUUCUGGUACUGGAAUUAUAAUUAUUAUCCUACUGUAGAGGGUCCUGGGUGCUGCUCUGAUCUAGCAGUCUCAUUCCACUACGUGGAUUCUGUGACUAUGUAUCACUUGGAAUAUUUGAUUUAUCAUCUCCGCCCCUAUGGCUAUUUGUAUCGGUACAAUCCUGAUCAGGCAAAGAAAGCAGAGGAGCAGAGCAAAACUGAAGCACUGGAGGAUAAUCAGAAGCUAAAGCAAAAAAUUUCUGAUAAUUAAUUGGACUUGGAAGAGAGCAAGAAGCCAGUACAAUGACUAAGAGCCUCCUCAAACUCCUGCGUGAAGCUCGUGGACUAGGAAAAAAAAGCUCAUGGACUGGCGAUUCUUAUUUCAGAAAUCACCUUGGCAGUGCUUUCUGUCACUGUGUGCACAGCAGAGGCUGGAUCUGACUCUUUGGGAGAGUGUGACCUUGCAGCUCUGCUCAUGAAGACUUGGGGCCCUAAAGCUGUGAAAUAGAAGGUUGUUCUGGUACACUAAUAUCUGGAAGAAUGUGUACAAAACCCGUAGUGGACAGGUUCAAAGAUAAUCAUACAGUUUUGCUGUUACCAGUUUUUCUCUCUAUUUCCUCUCAGAUGCUCCUUUAGGUCCAUUCUCAUAUUAGAAAUUGGAUGCUGCACUGCCAGUAACUUCCCGAGGGCCUUCUCUAGAUCCAAAAUACCCUGAAAUUCCUUUGUGUGAAAUUGACCUUGCCCCAGAAGGAAGGGAGAGGUGUGAAAAUGGGAGUCUCAAGUCUGCUUUGCCUUAAUGAGAAAGACAGGUUAUGAUGAGAUCCACCCCAAAGGUUAAUCUGAAUUGUAUCAGAAAUGGAAUUCACUGCUAGGAAUUAGCUUAAAAACUUGAACCUGGAUCGCUGCUUUUCCAGGGAGAAACCCAGAAAUAGUUGGUUUUGUUUAAAUGGCUGAGAUGAUGCAAGCUGCUUACAUAUUUGGAGCUUACUUUUUGUUUUGUAUUUUUUUAAUUGGCUUCCCCUAUGGAGUGGUUGUAAAAAAUUCAUCUCAGAAUUUCUCAGCAUAAGGUAAGGCAGAUGUUUUUGGAAAGAGAAAUCUCUUCCAUCACACCUGUGUAAACUAGAAAGAACAGCAUCUUGGCAAAGCUGCAGUGGGCAUUACAACACUGGGUUUCAGCCAGUAUUAUAAUCAGUUUGUUUCCAUUGAAGUUUUCCUACCAGUAUAAUUUGAGGUGGUGGAGUUGGCUUGUUCAUUAGUUUUACAGGUACAAACAUAAAGUGCAGGAAAGCCAAUUUGACUUUUUCCCUACUCUUCACUUCUCUGAAGUUUUUUUUUUUUCCCCUCCACUUUUCUAAAGUUUCUUCUGCAUCUGCUUCUUGUUACUUUUCUCAGAGCAAAGUGUUCAAUGAUCCUUGUUUCACUUGUUUUGGAGUUGAAGUAUAUAGUUAAUUCAGGUAAGAAAGCCUGAAUGCAGGAAUCUUCCGAAGUGCAUUAAUUUUCUCCACUACUUUAUGAGUGUAUCUGCUUCUUAACUGGAAAGACUUUCUUGGUGUGGGACAAAAGAGGUGUUUUAAUCACUGAAAAAGUUUCAGAGGCCAAGCCUGUGUUUUAAAUGGUUAACAUAAAGCUUUCUGAUUUUCUCUUUUUUCAAAGUGAGUGAAUAGCAAUAUCGGGGAUAGGGUUCAGCUUGACACGUAGUGUGUCAUUAUUCCCCACUUGGACAAAAGCUUCUUCAUCUUUUUAUCACUUUUCACCUUCAUCAUAUUGAUGAAUUUGGACAUAACCUAAUUACCUCCAGUCAUUGUUCUGGAAUGGGCACAUACUGGUAGCAGACAGCCUUAUUUACUGCUGCUGUCCUUCAGGAUGUUCCUGGAAGAGGAUGUUACCAUAAAGUACUGGAAUUACUUUAUUAUUUUUUUCCCAAAGAUACUUCUUUUACAGGUUGAAGUUCUGCCUGUUGUCCAACAGUAAAGAGUCUUUGUUCUCUUUCUGACCAUUGCUCUGCAUCAUGAUGGCAGUCUCUGGCUGAUCUGUCUCCUGGAGCUGAAGCACUGCAUCCAUCUCUGCCAGCGUAAGGGCUGGGUUCAUAGAUCAAGUUUUAGCUAAAGGAAUAGUUCCUGCAGGGCUAAAUCUGUUGGUCUUUUAUGAGCAAGGCUGCCUCUGAAGUACCGAAAGGGACGUGAGCUUUGUUUUCUGUAACCUUCAGUAGAAAAUAAGAACUGCACUAGUUUCAAAAAGGAAAAAAAGUCUCCAGCUUGCUGCAGUCAGAGGGGUGCUUGUCCAGAGGAGAAAGGAUGGUACCAUCAGAGGUGCUUCCUCCUGUGACCUCAAUGUUUAUCCCACAUGCUGCACAAUCCAGUCAGACUGUGAAAUCCAUCUGUACUGAUAACUCCAGUGGCAUUGUUCAGACAUGCAGUUAACAUUUUCUGGAAUACUUUAAGAAGCUACAAAAUGAAGUCGUGAUCUCAACUUAAUCUCUCUGUAAAGUCAGCCCAUGUAGAAGAUCUGCUGAACUGCUGUGCUGUUCCUUUCUUACAGCUGCCUUCCUCAGUUCAUCCUUGGCCAUUGAAAGAUGUUCUGCCACAAAAGGCAGAACUAGUCUUGCAUGUUUUCUCCAGAUUUGUAUCCUGUUUGCUUGUGCUGCCCUGUGAGGUAACAUGUUUUCCUCUUCCUAUUCCUGACCUGGCUUUGAGGUUUCAGUUUCAUCAUGCUCGAGUCUCUGGUGGACAAGAGGACACAGGCAGUGAGAUGGUUGAGCUUCACAUAGGUUGGCUGCUGAGGUGGCAAGUCAAACCAGCUGAGCUCAUGGUGAAGCCUUUUCUCAGCAGCCAUUCUGGGGCUUGUGGGUUUAGCAGAGUGGGGCAGG